AAAAAGAGAAAAGAAAAGAAUUUUUGGUGGGUCCCACCACUAAGCCUUAAGUGGCUAGAGACCAUUUUUGGUCUCUCAUUCUUUCUUUCUCCCCGUAUCUAUCUCUCUCUCAAUUUUCUAUUUCAUUUUCUUUUCUUGUUCAACCCAAUCUUUGAGGCAAGAUUUAUUCUUCGUUACUUGGCGGAUUUAGGUGCCGUUUGAGGCAAAACGAAGCCCACGACGAGCUCUACGCAUCCAUAUGAACAAUUCCAGAUUUGGUGCCCUUCUUGGAGUUCGAAAUUCAAGACCCAUUUUAAGGGUUUUGUGCAAAUUUGAGAAUGAUGUCACGGCGUGAGGAAAUCAUGGAAGUUGGCCCUAGACCGACUAGGGGUAAUGUUGGCCAGAGCUCUAGCUCUAAUCCGGAGGAGCUAAAUGAUGAGGACACACUUUUUAGGGACUUGAUUCCCCCGAGAACUGUCCCCACAAGGAGGGAUAAUGUUGAAGCACUCGUAGAAGUGGGUGAAGGUUCUGUGGCACUAGAGUUUAAUCGUUUGUUACAAAAUGUCGUGAGGGCAACGAUUGCUGCUCAGUUGCAGUCGGUACCACAACCUACAGUUCAAGUUGAGGAGACGCCAGCUCAGAAGCGUCUUAAGAUUAUUAAGGGGUUUUCUCAGCUGAUGCCGGUUAUGUUUGAGGGCGGUGCAGAUCCAAUGAUAGCGGAUGACUACAUGGAGCAAGUUGAAACUCAAUUGACUUUUAUGGAUGUGACAGAGGAUCAUUUGAAGAUCAUCCUAGCUACUUAUAAAUUUGCUAAGGAUGCUAAAUUAUGGUGGAAGUCGGUUACGAGCCGAUACAAAGUGGAAGAGAUGAGUUGGGACAAGUUUAAGGAAUUGUUUUAUGAAAAGUACUUUCCGCUUUCCAAAAGAUGGGAGUUACAAGACCAAUUUCAUAACCUUAUCCAAAGGAGCAUGUCAGUGGCAAAAUAUGAAAACAAGUUCACUUCACUUUCUCGCUUUGCUCCAGAAAUGGUGAGAGAUGAAGUUAACAAGACUCAGAAGUUUGUUUCUGGUCUUAAUGAUCGGAUGAGGCCGUUAAUCACAGCACAGUUCAUUAAGGUUUACUCUGAAGCAGUGGAAAGGGCUUUGAUGCUGGAAGCUGAUAAUAAAGAGAAGGAUGCAAGAAGAGAGCAGUUGAAGCAAAAGAGGGGUGCAGGGCCAUCUUCAGAAGGAUCUUCUUGGAAAAAGAACAGGGGCGGUCCAUCUCAGUUUCAGGGACAGCAGUCUGCACGAUCUGCUCCUACCACUCCGUUGCCAGCUGGGUCUGAUAGGAAUGCAAUUGUUUGCUUUCAAUGUCAGCAGCCUGGGCAUUACAAGUCCAGUUGUCCUAUGAGAUUGACUUCAGUUUCUUCAGCUCUGAAGGCUUGUUAUGGGUGUGGCCAGCAGGGCUAUUUGAUUAUGGACUGUCCGAGUCAGGGAGCAGGCACCACUAGUGGCAGAGGGUCACGGCAGAGGCCGUUACAGUCAGCUACAGUUCAAUCAGGUUUCAGACCACCGCCGUCACCACCAUAGCCUGCCUUGUCUUCUCAGGGUUCACAACCAGCUAGGAGGGAUACUCCUACCGAGUCGGCACAACAGUCUGGUGUUCAGAUUAGUAGUUCACAGGCACAGGCACCGCAGGGGCGUGUCUUUGCCCUUGCAUCAUCGACUGAUGCAUCUCCUAGAUCUUCAGUUCUCCGAGGUAUAUUUCCAGUGUUUCAUUCUUGGGCCCGUGUUUUGUUUGAUUCUGGUGCAUCUCAUUCUUUCAUUUCAUCAUCAUUUGCACUUGCAUCGGGGUUAGAGGUCAAUUUUAUGGAUCGGGCGUUAUGUGUUGAUACGCUAAUUGGAGUUUCAGUGUCUUUGAGCCGAGUUGUGAGGGACUGUUCCAUUGUGAUAACCGGGCGGACUUUUGUGUUUGACCUUAUCCUCCUAGAAAUGACUAGCUUUGAUGUCAUUCUCGGGAUGGAUUGGUUAGCUUCUUUUCAUGCCACGAUCGACUGUUUCAGAGAAAGGGUUAUAGUUUGUACUCCCGAGGGAGACUGUUUAUUUUUCGUGGGAGAUCGGAGUGAUUCCCACAUUUCAUCGUUUUAUGGAAUUCGUGGACGGGGUCAUGGUGAUUACUUUUUGGCUACCCUUAUAACCGAAGAGGAUGAUGUUGUGGAAAAAUAUUAUCCUGCAGUUGUUCGUGAUUUUCUGGAUGUGUUUCCGGAGGAUUUGACAGAGUUGCCUCCACACCGAGAAGUGUAGUUCUCUAUUGAGUUAAUGCCAGGUACCGCGCUGAUUUCUAUGGCACCAUAUCGUAUGGCACCAGUUGAAUUGGAGGAAUUAAAAAGACAGCUUGAUGAUUUGAGGAUGAAAGGUCUCAUCUGACCGAGUGUGUCACUAUGGGGCGCACCGGUCUUGUUUGCUAAGAAGAAAGAUAGUUCUUUGAGGUUGUGCAUCUAUUAUCGGAAGUUGAAUCGCGCCACCAUCAAGAACAAGUAUCAUUUGCCAAGGAUAGAUGAUUUAUUUGAUUAGUUGAGGGGAGCCAGUUGUUUCUCCAAGAUUGACUUGAGGUCUGGCUAUAAUCAGUUGCGGGUUAGGGAUGAGGAUAUCCCGAAGACAGCAUUCCGUACACGGUAUGGACACUAUGAGUUCCUUGUUAUGCCUUUUGGCUUGACUAAUGCUCCAGCGGCAUUCAUGGACUUAAUGAACCGCGUCUUUCACGAUUACUUGGACCAGUUUGUGGUAGUUUUCGUGAAUAACAUUCUUGUGUAUUCACGAUCUCGGAGGAACACGAGAUCCAUUUAAGUAUUGUUUUACAGAUUUUGCGGGAGCACCGGUUGUAUGCCAAAUAUGAGAAAUGUGAGUUUUGGCUACAAGAGGUGAAGUUUUUGGGACAUGUUGUUUCAGAAGGCAGAGUAUCAGUUGAUCCAUCAAAGAUUAAAGCUGUUUUGAAUUGGGAGCAACCCAAGAAUGUGUUUGAGAUCCAUAGUUUUCUUGGUUUAACGGGUUACUACCAGAGAUUUAUAAAAGAUUUCUCCCGUUUGGCAGCGUCUAUGACCUGUUUAACCCGGAAAGGGAUUAAGUUUGCAUGGAAUGAAGCCUGUGAGUCAUCUUUCCAGGAAUUGAAGACAAGAUUGACUACGGCUCUAGUGUUGGUGAUACCUGAGCGUGGCUUAUGUUAUGUGAUCUAUUGUGAUGCUUCACGUGAUGGUUUAGGGUGUGUGUUGAUGCAGGAUGGUAGAAUAGUGGCUUAUGGGUCUCGACAGUUAAAGACUCACGAGUACAACUACCCUACUCAUGAUUUGGAGUUGGCGGCAGUUGUGUUUGCUUUGAAGUGUUGGAGACACUACUUGUAUGGUAAAAGAUUUGAGGUGUACUCGGAUCAUAAAAGUCUCAAGUACCUUUUCUCCCAAAAGGACUUGAACAAUAGACAGAGAAGAUGGGUUGAAUUCUUGGAAGAUUAUAAUUUUGACUUGCAGUAUCAUCCGGGUAAGGCAAAUGUGGUAGCAGAUGCCUUAAGCCGAAAAUCUCGUGGAACUUUGGCCUGUCUGGUUAUUCGGAAGUGGAAGAUGCUUAAGGAUUUGGCAGAGAUGGGAUUGUAUUGUUUUGAUGAUGAUGUUGACAGCGAGCCAGCAUUCUUGUUUAGUCUUAUGGCUCAGCCUACUCUUGUUGUACGAGUGAUUGAGUCACAUAGACAGGACCCGGAUUUAGAUGCCAUUCACGCUUUGAUCUCCAGUGGUGAGACAGUGAAAGAUUGGGCUUUGUAUACAGAUGGGGGUCUACGGUUCAGGGUUUUGUUGGUGGUUCCUACUGUUUGUCAUGAGGACGUUUUACGGGAGUUUCACACUUCCCGCUUUGCAGUUCAUCCAGGUGGUACCAAGAUGUAUCAAAAUUUGAGACGUCAGUAUUGGUAGAACGGGAUGAAAAAAGAUAUUGCACAGUUUGUGGCUAGAUGCCUUACCUGUCUGCAGGUGAAGACCGAGCAUCAGAGACAAGCCGGUUUGUUGCAACCAUUACCUGUAGCGCAAUGGAAAUGGGAGCAUAUUGCUAUGGAUUUUGUGACAGGUCUUCCAAGGUCACGAAGGGGCAAUGCGUCCGUAUGGGUCAUCAUUGACAGAUUGACCAAGACGGCUCACUUUUUGCCUAUUAAGGCAACAGAUGAUGCAGAGAAGCUUGGUGUUCUUUAUGUGAAGGAGAUUGUAAGGUUGCAUGGAGUUCCAGUAACCAUUGUUUCAGAUAGGGAUGAUAAGUUCACUUCGAAGUUUUGGGAAGGACUUCAAGCAGCGUUUGGCUCAGCGUUGCACCUGAGUACGGCAUUCCAUCCACAGACUGACGGUCAGUCGGAGCGUACUAUCCAGAUUUUGGAGGAUAUGCUUCGGGCAUGUGUGCUUGACUUAGGUGGUAGUUGGGAGGAUCAUCUUUCACUUAUUGAAUUUGCCUACAACAACAGUUAUCAGGCGAGCAUUCAGAUAGCUCCAUUUGAGGUGUUGUAUGGUAGACCUUGUAGGUCUCCUGUUUGUUGGACUGAGGUAGGCGAGACAGCCGCCUUAGGACCUGACAUUGUACUCGAGACUACUGAGAAGAUUAAGUUGAUAAGACAGAGGUUACUUACAGCUCAUAGCCGACAGAAGAGUUAUGCGGAUAAGCGGAGACGGUCGUUAUCCUUUGAGGUGGAAGACCACGUUUUUCUUCGGGUUUCUCCACGGAAGGGAUUGAUGAGAUUCGGGAAAAGUGGCAAAUUGUCUCCACGAUUCAUUGGACCAUUUGAGAUUUUGGACCUUGUAGGAGAGGUUGCCUACAGACUUGCUUUGCCACCAUAGUUGGAUAGGGUCCACAAUGUUUUCCAUGUAUCGAUGUUACGGAAGUACGAGCCAGAUCCAUCUCACAUUUUGAGUUGGGUUGAUGUAGACAUUGAUGAGGAUGUUUCCUACGAGGAAGGACCAGUUUAGAUUCUUAACACACAACAAAAUGUGUUGAGGAACAAGACGAUACCAAUGGUGAAAGUCCUUUGGAGACACCACGGAGUCGAGGAGGCUACUUGGGAGCUCGAACAGGAGGUUCGCUCCAAGUAUCCAGAGUUGUUUUCUUCUCCAGGUAUGGCUUGAUUGCGGGGACGAAAUCUUUUGAAAGUUGGGGAGAAUGUAAUGUCUAUGUCAAUAUAUAUAUGUGCAUAUGUGUAUAUAUUUGUGUGUGUGGUGUGGUUUAAAACAAAAAGAAAAAGAGAAAAGAAAAGAAUUUUUGGUGGGUCCCACCACUAAGCCUUAAGUGGCUAGAGACCAUUUUUGGUCUCUCAUUCUUUCUCUCUCCCCGUAUCUAUCUCUCUCUCAAUUUUCUAUUUCAUUUUCUUUU